AUGCUGUCUUCACCCUAACUGGCUUCAUGCUUCUAAAACACCAGAUGUAAAAACGUGAAGUGUGCUUAAGUUAGCAAGUGCAUUGCUGGAAGACCAGUCUUUUAUCUAGCUCUUUUGCAGCCAGCAUAUUCUGCAACUAGAAAUGUUUUCUAGGUUGAAUAAUACUUCUCGCAGCUGUUGAAGAGUUAGCCAGCAAUAACCAUAACUGGGGAAUUUAAAUAACUUGUGAGUUGAUAAUGAUAAAAUAGUGGGGGAUUUUAACAAUAGCAAUGUAAAUGCUACUACUAGUGCAGCACAGACAACUUUAUUGGAUUUUAAAGUGUUGGAAAAAUUUAUUUAUUUUGAUACCUCAACACUGGGAGUUUAUGUUGUCAACAUUUAGUCUGAAGCUGCAGAAAGGAGUUUUUUUGAAGAAGCAGGAGAUAAUAAGCUGAUUCCUGGCAACUCGUUGUUAAGCUGAGCACUGAUUUAAGGCAGUAUAAUGAGUCGGCAGUGCUAAUACUUUUUUCUACUGACAAUAGUGCUUUUUGUUGUUGAAGAUUUUUUGCUUGUUGGGUUGGGGUUUUUUUGUUUGUUUGCUUUUUAAUGAAGUACAGUAAGGUGGUAUGUUCAGAAAUAUGAGUAGCUUACUUACGUUGUCCAAACCCACCACUAACGAUCAAGCAAUGUCUGCAUUUCCAGAGAAGACAAGUGACUGAAGCUUUUAAAGCAGUUUGUUCAUUAGUUUGUUUUUUCAAAAAUUCAAGUAUACUUGUAACAGGAUAGCCUAGGUACUAGAAGAUGUAGCUUAAAAGUUCAAAUAUUACAAGCAUGUAUUACAGUGAGAAGCAGAGUAAGUGCAGUGUGCUGACAGAAGCUUGUGAGUUCUUGGAAUGUCAGGAUGAUUGCUGAUGGAGAUGAGGACAGAUGACACCAGGGAGGAGGUUGUGUGCAAAUUCCUUUCUGCUAUUAGAGACAUUCUUGCUAAAGUUUGCAGACAUAGAUCUUGAGUCCUGUAGUAACAUGUUUAGAGAUACCUUGUGGAUUCACAUUAAUGGAUGGGUUUUUGUAACGUGGCUGUCAUGGGUUGAACAAAACCAGCAGUGGCUAUACCCAGACAAUUGUGGGAAACAAAAAUUAACCAUCCACAAGUAUAAGACUACUGAAAUAAAAGGCAAACACAGAGCUGCUCAGGAAUCAAUCUGCUACGGAUUUUGUUAAAUAUUUAUUUGUAUGACAAGGAGGUAUGAACACUGGGGAGAAAAGGUUCAUUUUCUGGAAGAAAAACAUAAGUUAGUUGAUUUUGUCAGUCAGAACAGAUUCUUGAUCCUGAUUCUGGGCAAUGAAAUAUUCUUUUUGAUGUUUUAUUCUUCCUUUAUUAUAGUAGCAGGAUCUCUACACAAACAAAUACCAAACCUUCCUAACUUUUUUUUCCCUACUAGCUGGAGCAGCUUACAAGAUGUCUGACUAAUUCCUAGCUUUUAAUUGUAUUGAUAGGAGGCUUGCAUACUAUUUUGUUACUUGCCUAUUUUUCAGGUGAUAGGGUUUACUUCUAAUUUUCCAUUUUUAGUCCAUAUGUGCCUUUUUCCAUCCUUCUGAAGAUGGGAUGAGGAAGAUAAACAUAGUCGCUGCUGACUACAAUUGACAGAGCUAGACAGAGGCAGUCAGUUUUUGUGACCUUUGUAAAGCUGAGGAAGUAAAGGUGCUGUUUUGUGUGGAUGUAUGGGGCCACUUACAGCUAUUACUGUUUUUGUGAGAAUAGUCUCUGUCACCUGGGAUGAUAACAUGUAAUAUCUCUUCCUAACAUGACUGGGCUUAGACUGGGACUCAGUAAUGACUCCUUAUCUGGUCUGUGGCCCAAGCAUGUUGUCUAAAAGACUUUGUUUUUAGACAAAAAUGUUUUUGAUGUGUGUGGUAAUCUUAACACAUGAUUUUCACCUUAGCUUUCCUUUGAGAAAGGCAUAGGUAAAAUUCUUUCUAAUUAUCUGUGUCUCCAGUUCUUUUUGGAGUGAUCCCACACUGUUUUGCUAAGUCCACAAACUACUUUGUGACUAUGCCUGUGAAGUUCAUCUUGUUGUAGUUCAUCAUUUGUUGUGCAAAGAAGCUGAAAGAACUUGCUGUGGUCAGACACUGAGCACAAAUAGCAUGUAAAAUUCAGAAUUUGCUCAUAUUAAACACUGUUUUUUUAGGCAUCUGUCAUCUUCUGAAGAUAAUUGUAGUAUCUUCAAUAUACUAGAGUUGGAUCAAGAAUUUGGAGAUAGCUGCCUAUUCCCUUUCUGGGAAGAAUAGAAAAUUUUAAUCUGUGAUGAGGCUUAAAUACUCACUGCUCCAAAUGUGUUUUAUUUACCGUCUUACUGCUUUCAGAAUUCUGAUCCUCAGGCAGUUGUAAAUGGUCCAUAGGGCCGUACAGUGAAAGUCUGGAACAUCUAAAUUCUGUGUGCUUGUUGGUUUGCAAGGAAGUUUUAUGGCUGGCUGACAGGGAUCUCUUGUUGUAGCCUUGUUUAUUGGCAAUCCUGUGUCCAGGAACAUCUUGUGUUAAUUCCUAUUCCACUUUCUACAUUUUCAUUUGAAUCGCCUACAAAACCAAGGCAGUUGCUGUUUUCUUAGUUGUAUGCUGUUUUCUCAGUUAUAGGUCUCCUGCUGCAAAUGACAUUAAAAUGCAGGCAAAACUAGCAAAACCACCUACAGAUAAUUUAAACAAGAAAAAGGAGAUUGCAUAUUGCUUAACUGUUGAAUUUUCCUACAGCUUGUCUGCUAAAAGCCAGACUUCAUGUGGCAUAGUUGUAGUUCAGACAACUGUUUUAGUAACUCCUUGGGUAUGGAGACUGUGAUUGCAAAGAUUAUGGCCACUAACAACGAGGAGCAGGUGAUUAGACACCAUCACUUGAAUUUCCAUGUGGAAUAUCCUUGAAACAGCCAGGGAGAGUUGCUGUUCUUUGGCUGAUGAGAAGAACUCAUUAGACUUUGCUAACAUGUAUCUAUGAUUGCUAAUCUGAUCUGUGCAGCUUUGACGUCCGCCCCAGUUGUGGGGAUAGGGGAUAGGACAGUGCAGCGAAGCAUUUUAAAAAUAGAUGCAAAUGCGUACAUAGGGUUACUGCAACUCCAGUCUCACUGGUGUUAGAUUAGUUAUGUUAGGCUUGAUAGUCCACCAGCUGUCUACUCAGAUGUGGUAGGUUUUGUUGUCCCUUUCUUUUUUUUUUCCAAGUGUGUUAAAAAAAGAGCUUUCUUUAUUGUCCUUAUCUCUGAAAUCACGAGAUGUAUUUAUGAGAUGGCCCUUGCAAACCAGUGGGAUAAUGUUAGGGGAGGAUAUGAAUAUGAAGGUUUGAAAAUGGAAGAAGUUGCCAAGAAGUGUGGGUUCCAAGUGGGAGUAAGAGAUGAUCUUCUGAUAUUAAGCCUCAGAGUAUUGCCUUGUUAGAUGGCUGGAGAAGCAGGAGGUAAACCCAUGGAAAUUAUAGAAGAUGAGCAGGGGUAAGAGUAGUGUGGCUGUGCAUGUUCCAGGUGGCCCAUCAGCCACCUGUGAAGAGAGGCUGUGGGGGCUCUAAGUGAUGAGUGCUAUUAGAAGGUCAUUAAGGUCUUUAGGAGCAGAUGGUGUGAGGCCUAAACUGCAGAAGCAAAAUUGGAGGGUACUGAGGAUGGAGCUGGAGAACAGCACACCGACAACUUGAAACUGCCAAGGCAUGGAAGAGAGAAAGAGUAGUGACCAGAGAGGAAAGGUGAGUCAUUAGUGGUAUCUGUGUGGAGUUUGGUGUUAUUUUCCUAGCCCCUAAACAGGUUUGUCAUGUAGUGAAGAGAAGUUAGAGGAAAGUGGGAAAUUAGAAAGAAGAGUGAGUGCUGAGCAGUGGAAAGAUCAGAUAUACAUCAGAGAGAGGCAGAUUCAUGAAGCAAUAAUCCCACCUGGCUGUAUCUUUAUCUUUACGUGUUAAUUAUUUUCAAAUACAACUAGAAUGGUUUUCAUUUUAUGUAUGGAUAUAGUCACCUUGAAUUGGAGUAGUUGAAAGGAGAGGCAUGAAAGGUUUCUUUAAGAAAAACUAGUUUUCCAAAUUUAAUAAUUGUGUUUAUUUUGAUCAGUCUCAAGCACAGAAUUUUAAUUUAGCUUAUGUCUGUCACAUUUUCAUUUUAGGAAACACUUGUGCACAUUAGUUUCCAAAACUCCCUACCGAAGGAAGUGUUCUUCAAAAAACCAGACGAUAAUCUCAUUAAAAUGUGAGACUGUAGAAAAAUGUAAAUAACAGGAGAAUGAGUUGUUCAGAGCAUGUCAUUCCCUGUGGAUAUAUUGAACAAUUACAGUCAUGAAGACUUGGAGAACUCAGCAGAGGGCUACUUCUUUGACCUUCGAUGGGGGAAUCCAAACUCUCCUGAAUUCUUUUCUCUGCCAGACCACCGCAAGGUUCCUAUUACCUUGACAUCUGUGGGUUUUGUUCCUCUCUAUGGUGAAGAGCAGACACACAAAGUUCUUGCACUGUUUGCACCAUGGGACUCACUCACAGCUGUAGCCCUGUAUCUUGCUGACCAGUGGUGGUCAAUUGAUGACAUUGUGAAAACAUCUGUCCCUGCUAGACAGGGGCUUCAUCAGGUGAAGUCUGUUGGAGAGAGAGUUGUUCUCUAUGUUCUAAAUCGAAUUAUCUAUCGAACACAAGAAAUGGAAAGAAAUGAGAUCCCAUUUCUCUGUCAUGGUAGCAGCCAUUAUGCUAAGAUCAUGUGGAAAAAAGGAGAGGCUAUUGGGUUCUAUUCUGUUAAACCUACAGGAAGUGUUUGUAGCUCUCUUCCUCAUCAGAAGUAUAAGUUGCCAGUGCUAGACACAAUGUUUGUUAGAAAGAAACAUCGUGGGAAAGACUCUGGGUUAAUCAUGUUGGAAGACUUUGUGGAUUCCUUUACUGAAGAGUCUCUUGGCCUGCGAUAUCCACUGUCAUCUUUCAUGUAUACAGCUUGUAAGCAGUACCUUGAGAAGUACCCUGGGGAUAAAAACCUUUUGUGGCAAGUGGAGGGAGGAGGAGAUUGGUUCCAGAGAAAGUCUAUUAUGUCUAUAGUGCAAAACGAAAAUCUCAAACUUGCAGAGGCCUCAAAGAAGGAAAAUAAGAGUUUGCAAGCAGAGGACAAUCUUUGUCAGUCUGCAGUAUCUGAAGCAGGUGGACCAAGGACUGAGGUAGAAACACAACUAAGUGCUGACUCUCAAAAAGGUAAAGAAUCAACAGAUGUCCAUGCAAGCACAUCUGAAGACCCUAAUGCAACUCACAUUUCCAUCUGGACACGAAGCAGUCAUUUAAAGCAUCAGAGGCUAAAUAAAAAUAGACAGGAACCUGGACUUGAAACUUCGCAACAAGAUGAGGAAAAUGCUCUUCAAAUAUCCAAAAGCAGGCCAGAACUUCUUGCCCACACAUCUGAAAGCUCUGAAGACUUAGUAGAAGUGCCUAAGGUGGAUACUGUUGACAAGGAUGAGGAAAUAAUUGUUGAAAAUGAGGACCAGUCUAUAUUAGAAGCGGAAAUGCAUGCAUCACCCUCUGAGAAACAAAGUGAGAUGGAGGAAAUGCCAUCAGAACCUCUUAAUGGUGAGGUAGCAGAAGAAACUGGUGAGACCUCACUCAUGGCUGAAGGGGAGAUGGUAAAUGAAGUUCCAAGUGGCGAAUCAAAAUUGCUGUCUGAGAAUCAAGGAAAAGAGCCUGUAACACCAUUUGUUCCAUUAACCCUUGAUUCUCCAGGAAAACCCCCAGAAGACACUGAAUCAGAGAAGGUUUUAAAUGAAAAUGAUUCAGAAAUGCUGACUGAAGAAGUUACAUCAGUAGAGAAGGAGGGCACCGAAGAACAGCAAGAAUCUGAAAAGGCCAGCACUGAAAAUGCAGCUGCUUUGGCAUCAAAGGAAGAACCCUCUGACAAUGGCCUGCCCAACUCUGUGGUAACUGAAGCAGCAGAAGAACCUGUUUCUGAAAAACUACCUUCCUCAUUAGAAGAUCAAAAUGAGGAAGCAGGGCACAACUCGCAGGAGGCUCCUGCUGCCUUGAGUCAGAGCUCCUUGGUAAUGGUUGAACUUGAGGGUGUUUCUUUUCAGCAGCCUUCUGGACAGGAAGCACAGAAGAACCAGUUGGAAGAGCCCUCAGAAGAGUCUACAGAGCAGACAGAUCACUACACGCAGACAGUGGCAGAGCGGGCUGCUGACAGCAGCUCUGAGGAAGCAGAAAUUGAGGUACCUGUUGUAGAUCGGAGAAACUUGCGAAGAAAGGCUAAAGGCUACAAAGGUCCACCCAAGAAAAAGGGAAAGCCAGCUUAAAAAUCAAAUAGGGAUAAUUUAUCUAUUUAUCACAAGGCUGUUUUGUGUAAAACAUUAAGGUGUAACUGCACCAUAUCUGGCACGGGACACAUGUGCUUAAAAUUCUGUGUUGGAUUUCUUCUUGGGUUCAUCACCUUUCUUCAAGUUUUGAUUUGUUCUUUAAAUUUAACCACUAGAAAUUGAACUUCUUCAUAGUAUGAAAGUAAAUAGCCAGUCUUCUCCCUUCAUAAAGGAUACAUGAUGAAUAAAUACAGUUGUGCUAUCAAAAGGAAUAAUUUGUAUAUUUGAGGUGGUAGUCAUGGAAGAAAAAUGCAGUGUGAAAUCCUGGCCCUGUCAAGGUCCCUUAAAUUGCUAUAGACUUCCUUGUCACUGGACAUGACUCGAGAUAAUUUUUUUUAAUAACUUUGUGUUCUCUACUGUGGAGAAAAGCAGAACAAGAAAAAUUCUUCAUUGUUUCUUGUUCCCUUCCCACAGUUAAGAGAUUAAAAGAAUGUAAGAUUCUUCAUUCUAGGUCUCAAAAUGUACAAGAAGAUAUAGCUCAGUAGAUCAAUGCAAUGUGAGCAGCACUUGUCUUUCAUGAGAAUCACUUGAAACAGCUGAGUCGGUAGAAUGCAGUGCAGUGUCUGCCACAGCACUUCCUGAUAAUGGAUUUCUUGAGCAAAGAUUAAGAGAUGUCUACGCAGCAAACUAUUUGUAGCUUCCAAAGCAAGCAUUUUGCUAAGCCCAAGUUUUUCCAGAGUAUAUGGAAGGGAGCCUCCAUAUGGAAUCAUUUGAACUGCCUUCCUAACUACUUGCAUGUGUUGAGUGGAUAGCUGCUUCCUUGUUGCAUUACAGGAAAAGGAUAUGACAACUCUUGAUCUUGUUUUGGUCUGAAUGGAAGUGGUUCUUUGUGUUUUCCAAAUACCUGGCUGGUGCUGUGGGGUAACUGCUAAAAUGUUGUGUCUUCCAGGUGUGUGACUCCUGUGAGCACUGACAUUUUAGGUGGUUGUGAUAUUCAUUUGUGUAUUAGUGGGUAUUUCAGCAAAUGUUUGCUUGCCAAACUUCUAUGCCUUUAGGAGUUAGUGGGUGAUACCUUGCAAAUACUUCUGAUUCCCACUUUUGUUUUCUAACUUGAGUGUAGUUUCUGGGAUUAUAGCUUCCCAGUUGAUGACUUUUCUUAAAAGCAGCAACCAAAAUUCACUGUAUGCCAACAGGAAUAAACCCAGACUUUUCAUGCUCAUAUCCCUUCUGAGGUUCUCUUGGCAAACUGUGUAUUUAACUUGUCCCACAUACCUAAGUUGGCCUUAGUUUGCUGUGUGUUUCUUUCCUAUAAAUGCAGAUCAUUUUGUAAUGGGCUAAAAACUCAGAAAUAAAAGAACAAUUAUCCUGAGAACAGAAAAUUACACCAUCUUUUGUCCUGCCUAUGCCUUUUCCAAGACGCAUGAACUAGUCUUGUGUAGUGUCUCAAAAAUAGAGGUACGAGGUUCACUUGAAUAGUUGCAAUGCUGUCUUAACUUUUAUCCCUUUAUGAAGUUAGUGUAAGAAUCGGGUUUUGGAUUUUUAUGCUUAUAAAGUUUAACUCUAUUUAUAAGUUAUUUUAACUACUUAAGAUACAUUCAUACUUUUUUUUUCAGGUGAUGAAGUACCAUGCUCCUUUUUAAUCUGUUAAGAGCAACUUACAGAAAAAAAAAAAAGGAAGUUUUAAAAAAAUGUGUGUUACCUAACUUUAGAUUCAGGCUGUGUGAGAUUACUGAGUUAAAUAUGGGUUUUUGUGUAAACAUAUUCAAGUGAACCUUAUGUAUUUCUAAAACUCAUAAAGCUUUUUAUAUAAAGCAUAUAAGACAAAAUUUUUGGUAUUUUCUGUAUGUUUUCUCUUUUACUGCUGAGAUUAAUUGUUUAAAAAAAAAAAAGUGGCUAGAAAACACAUCUGUUGCAUUGCUAAGAAUUGGGGAUUUUUGAGGACUGGUGGUCCUCAAAGUGGUUGUAUACAGUAUACUGCAACUCAUCUUCCAUUUUUAGGGCAAGAUUUACUGAAGAUUCAUCUUCUGAGUCCUUCAAUUGAUACAAAUGUGUCCACUUCAAAGAAGUUAAAGAUUAUUUUAUGAGGCCAGUAAUUUCAAUUACUUCGAGGUGGCUUUUUGAUAUGUAUGUUUAUCACUUAUAUUUCUGGUGAGCUGCAAAACUGUUAAUGAGAAGAAGUAUGAAAUCUGUUCAUAAUUUCACUCACCUGGCUUUUACUUUUCAUGGCUAAGUUGGAAUGAUUUCAAUUUGUACCUUUCUUUUGAAUCAUUUGCAGAGUAAAUACAUAAAUAUUAUGAGAAUAUGACAUUAUGAUAGUUUUUGUUUCUAUUGAGAACAAUAAAAUCUCUGAUCUCAUUUCAGUGAGUCAGUUUUAAAUAGUGAACUUAAAUUCACACAUUAAAAGUAUACUCUUGAGUAGAUAUCUUUAUAAAUCUGGGGUGCCUGGGAUAAUAGCUGAUGAGCAGGCUUUUACAAACAGAAUGUGGGCAAUUGUGGUGCAAUUAGCAAUUCCAAUAACCACUACAGUCAUGAAAGAUGGACGCUGUUCUAACAGUGAUCACAGCAGUACUUUGCACCAAAGGACACAUUUUAUUUCUACAACAACUUCUUUGGCAUCAAUCUUUCUCCAGUAAAUUCAGAGUAGCAAAAUCAAAAUACUGACUUUAAGUAAUAGUUUUUAUUGCUGUACUGAUUGUCCCACAGGAACAGUAGUUCAAUAUCUUAUUAAUUCUAUUACACUUAUGUAAGGGAAUGUGUUUGACAGCUAUAUUGACUGCAGUGCUUUACCUUGGGGACUAUUAACUGUGUUAUUAACAUCAAACUCUUAAACAAUUUUAAAGAUCCUAUUGCACCAGCAAUGAAAGAUUAAAAGAUCAACUUUAUACAAGUUUGUACCAAAUGUUAUUACAACAUGCUGUGGAACUAUGUGUGUACAGUGAAAGCAGGCAGUAUUAUUUUUGAGCUUUACUUAGUCUAGGAAUAGAGUUUAAAGAACAUUAAUUUGUGACUUCAGCCUUGCACUUAAAUGGUAAAUGGUUUUGUACUUGAAUCCAAUAUUUGUUCAAAUGUCUGUCUUGUACUGCUUCUCCCAUAUUCUCUCUUGGUCCAUUUUAAUUUAAUGCAGAAUCCUUGUUUGCUGUUCUGUUUCACAGUCCUUCGCAUGAAAGUGUAUACAUCUUAUUUCAAAAGCGCUUUAACUUAUUUCAAAUGAUGUCCAGCCUUGCUGCUUUUUUUUUGUACCAUUUCUUUUGUAAAUGUCAAUAAUCAAAUUGAUCAUUUAUGAUGUCAUUGACACUAUUAGCAACAAAUUGGCCUAAGUUUCAGCUUCCUUGCUUCUAAGUGACUGUUCUAAAAUAUUACUAUGGGGAUACACUUUAAAUUUAUUUCCACAAAUGUGGUGUUAGGUGUUUUCUAAACUGGUGAUACCCUGUUUAUAAAUCUUAUGAAAGAUGUAUUGCUAUUGCAUAGUAUUGUACCUUAGUCUUGUUACUGUGUUAAUUUUUCCUUUUUUUAGUACUGUCUUGGCUGCUUUUGAAAUGUUUUGAAGUAGUAAUAAACUUUUAUUUUGUGAUUA